CGGCUACACUUAAUAGCUGCUUUCAGAACGAGAACGAGCGCUGCAUGAGCUCUACAGUUUCAUCUACCUGCUUCAGAGCUCAGAGGAAGCUGAGCAGUUCUUGUUCAGGAUUUGAAGCAUCAUUUGUGUUUCUUUAAAAUCAGCUGAGCAGAAACGGAGUGACUGUCAGAAGAGCUGAUUCUCUCUGAGUCAACAAAGUGCUACCUGUUCAGGAAACAUUGAUCUGUUGUAGAGCAGAACACAAAGUGGACAGACAGAGAGUGUGAUUACAGCCCGUUCAGUGGAGAUGCAGCACUGGACAUGGCUGAUGCUGGUGAUCAUAUGGAUGGUUCAGGCGGCGGAGAGCUGUCCUGACGUCUGUAUAUGCUCCAGGAGGUCUGGUCCAGAGAAGUCCGAGGUGAACUGUCAUAAAAGAGGCUUUCGUGCCUUUCCCUCCAGACUGCCCCCGGACGCCUGGAUCCUAAAACUCGGUGAGAAUGGUAUCACAGACUUAAAGGCCAAUGCUCUAAGGUCCACUCCAAGGAUCGAGAGUAUCAACCUGGAAAGAAAUGCCAUCAAGUCCAUCCACCCCCAGGCCUUCUCUGGUGCAAAGAGGCUAAUGCUCCUCAAUCUUUACGGCAACCACAUCACCAACCUCCCACCGAGGGGAUUCAAGGAUCUCCUGAACCUUCGCUUUCUCAUGCUGGGACAGAACCAGAUCGGCACCCUCAAAGCGGAGAUGUUUGCCGGAAUGAGGAACCUAUCAGACUUAGAUCUUCCUCUCAAUGCGCUGACUACGCUCCCGUCCAACGCCUUUAAGCCUCUGAUUGCCCUCAAAGUUCUGGACGUCUCCCUGAAUCGCAUCCAGAAGAUCUCUCAGAAGGCCUUCACUGGACUCAGACAGCUCAUGUUCCUCAACUUAGACAAUAACAGUCUGAAGACGCUCCCUGCUGGAGCAUUUAGUCCUCUGAGGUCCCUGGAGAUGCUGGUUCUGGACAACAACCUUCUGUCCUCUCUGAGUCCGUCAGCUUUGGAUGGCCUCGAGAACCUGCAGGAGCUCUACCUCAGGAACAAUGAGCUGGAGCAGCUGGCCCCUGAUGUGUUCAGGAGCAUGGCCAAGCUCUCUCAGCUGGCUCUCAGUGGAAACCGCCUGAAGACAGUGGAUGGAAACAUGUUCGCCCAUAUGCCCGGUCUGAAGAAACUGCAUCUCCAUGACAACCCUUGGCAGUGUGACUGUCACCUCGUUUCCUUGGUACAGUGGAUGGGCCACACCAACACCACCCUGUCUCCUGGGGACGCCCUGCGCUGUGUGAGUCCUCAGCAGCUCCGCAACAAGAGUUUUUCCAGUCUCCGAGCUGACAAGCUGCUCUGCAGCGCCUAACCCUAAAAGCAAUGGAAAGGAAUGGCUCCUGGAGAUUCAGAUGAUGUGUUCUUUCUCUGUAUACGUUUAUGUAUUUUUAGAGUGAACUUGUGUCUUAUACGAUCUCUCGAAGCUGCAACACAAUCAAUAAAGUUUUCUGUAGGAUGAUGCAUCUCCUCUGCUUAAAGAGCAACAUAGUGAUGAAUCAUCUGAAACCUACAUGAAGCAUCACCUUUAA